AUGUCCUGCAACAGCCUGUGUGUGCCCAGCUGCGGGGUGGCCACCCCGGCCCCUCUGGCUGACACCUGCAACGAGCCCUGCGUGCGGCAGUGCCCCGACUCCACGGUGGUCAUCCAGCCCCCGGCCUCGGUGGUCACCUUCCCCGGGCCCAUCCUCAGCUCCUUCCCGCAGCAGAGCGCCGUGGGCUCGGCCGGAGCUCCCUACGUGGGAGCCGGCUCCGGGGGCGCCUUUGGAAGCCGUGGGGGCUACGGAGGCUACGGGAGCCUUGGGGGCUAUGGAGGUUAUGGAGGCUGGGGCUAUGGAGGCCGUGGUCUCUACGGGGGCUGGGGCUAUGGAGGCCGUGGUCUCUAUGGCGGUUGGGGUUGUGGAGGCUAUGGAGGCUAUGGAGGCUUUGGGGGCUAUGGCAGCUGUGGCUACGGCGGAUGGAGCAGUGGCCACCGGUACCUCAACGGCAACUGCGGGCCCUGCUAA